AUGUCAUUUUCAUGCAGAGUAUUGCACAUUAUGCAAAGGGAUGCUCAGGAAGAUCCUGCAAUAUUUUCCGAUGCCCUACAUGCAAGGAGACUAGUUAAUCAGGUGGAUAGAAAAUUGGUUAAGCAGACAGUGAUGACAUCAGUAUAUGGUGUCACGUACAUUGGUGCGCGUGAGAAGAUAAAGAGGAGGUUGAAAGAAAGAGAAUCCGGUUUAGAUGAUGACAAACUCGUUGGCGCUUCUUGUUAUGCUGCAAAGGUCACCUUAACUGCCUUGGAGAUGUUUCAAGGUGCACGGAAUAUUAUAAAAUGGCUUUGUGACUGUGCAAAAGUAAUUGCAUCUGAAAAUCAGCCAGUCUGCUGGACCACUCCUCUUGGACUUCCUGUUGUGCAACCUUACCGGAAACUUGGAAGGCAUAUUGUCAAAACUUUACUUCAGAUGUUGACAUUGCAACGAAAAACAGAUAAGGUCAUGGCAAAGAGGCAGAGGACAGCAUUUCCCCCAAAUUUUAAUCACUCACUUGAUGGUACUCAUAUGAUGAUGACUGCAGUGGCCUGCAAAAAAGAAGGCUUGAAUUUUGCAGGGGUUCAUGACUCAUAUUGGAUGCAUGCGUGUGAUGUGGAUAGAAUGAACAGAAUACUCAGAGAGAAGUUUGUUGAACUCUAUGAGACCCUAGUACUGGAAAAUUUACUGGAGAGCUUCCAGGGGUCUUUCUCAACAUUAAUGUUCCCCCCAUUACUGGAACGGGGAGACUUCGACCUAAGGGAAGUUUUAGAGUCACCAUAUUUCUUCAACUGA